AUGGCGGGCGGCCGCGAUCAGUUGGCGGCUGAUCUGCGCUUUCUGCUGGAAGAGAAGGAGGUGUCAGAGGAGCUGCAGGACGCCAUGGCGCGCUGGGGCUACACCACGGUGAACCGCUUCGCGCUCCUGGACGACGACCGCGCGCGGGUGCGGGCCCUCCUGGCGAGAGACUUCGGCCUGGACACAACGGCGCCGCCUCCAGCAGGCCCGAAUAACCGCCUGGCCAUCGUGAAGGUGAUCGACGCCUGGGAGACGGCCUGCCGCAGGGCCGAGGAGGAGCGCAAACAGGAGGCUGAGGCCAAGAGCGCGAGGCUGCCCAAACUGAUUGGCAAGGCGACACACCUCUCCAUGCGCAGGGCGGACGGCGCGCUCGAGGACUGCAUCGCGCCGGGAGCAGCCCUGGUGAAGCAGGUGAUGGAGAUGAUCGAGGAGUCGAACAUGGAGGCGAUCCCCUUGACGCAGGCGGUCAGCUUCGAGGACGGCGACGACACGAAGAUGGGGGCAGUGGUGGCUGUGUCGGGGACCAUGCGCUGGCGUUGUGGCAGAACGGAGGUCGGCACGCCGCACGACCCCGAGGCGUUCCGCAAGAGGAUGCGCACCCUGGCCUUCCCGCACGUCUACGCUAGGCUGCGCCGCCCAGGACGCGUGGCCUUCCAGAGCGCCACUGUCGCGCUCUUCACGGACUACGUAAAACACUUGCUGGGGGACCACGCGAGGGGCCUAGUCUCGAAGGGGCAUGCGAGGCUGAUCAACUUUGGCAAGCCGUUCGGCGUGGCGCUGAAGGACGCCAUGAACGACGCGUCGCUGAGGGGCCGCCACUUCGUGACGCCAGUGGCAGUAGCAGACGGCGGGGGGCGGCAGCGCGGCCGCGCCGCCUGCGCUGCCCACCCUGGGCGACACCAGCGGUUGACGGUCGCCCGCGUCAGGUCUCUCCCGAAGCCCAGCAUCAAGGAGUGCCUGCUGGAGGCGUUGGCCGCUGACCUUCAGACAGCCGGCGCCGCGGUGGAGGUCGUCGAGGUGGACGCGCUGAACGACGCAUCGCGCGAUCUAUUGGACUCGGACGCGAGGCUGCGCUACCUCCAGGACGUCAGUGGCGGGCUCGUCGACGUCGUGAUCACCGCGCCUCCCUGUGGCACCUUCUCGAGGUCCAUGUUCGCCAACAGGCAGGGGCCGCCUCUCGGUUUCCCGUGGCUGGAGGGCGCUGCGAAGCUGAAGGUGCAGAACGCCAACGUCCUGGGCUUGUUCCUGGAGGCGCAAAUCCUGGAGGCCGUUAUUUUUGCCAGGUCGGCGGCAGGCGGCGGACGCCGCGCCCGCGGCCUCAUGGAGUUCCCAGAGCCGGCCAGCCUGUGGCAGCUGCCUCAGUUCCGCUGCAUCGCGCGGCCGGGCGCAGGCUUCCUGACCUUCGCGUUCCACCGGGCCGAGUUCGACGUGGAGUACUCGAAGCCGAUGCGGAUCCUCACGGACAUGGGCGCGUUGGCCGCAGGCCGCGCGGUGGGCUGGCCAGAUCUGGACAGCGAGGGUCACUACCGCGGCCCCUUGGGCCCGCCGCCUGCAUGCGCGCGCCCGCUGGUCUCCGCUGACGGCAAGCGCAAGGCCGAGCUCGCGCGCGCGGCCGCGUAUCCCAUCCCGAUGAACCAGUGGAUCGCCCAAGCCAUCAAGGACGAAUGCCUGGUCCUCCUCGACCCCCUGCGGGCUGGGGCACUGGUCGGCGGGGGCCCCCCGCCUAGGUCAGCGCGGCACAGCCCGCGGAGGAUCUCGGAGAGCCUCACCGAGGAUGUGGUCGUGGACGCCUACGCCUCUCACUUGAAAUCGGCGGCACCGCUGCGCGCGCUCCUGUCGGACCUGCGCGGCAAGCGCCUCGUCUGCCACUGCCGGCCUCAGGAACGGUGCCACGGCGAUGCCAUUGUCGAGGCCUACGGCAAGCUCUCGGGGGAGGCCUUGGACGAGGGUAAGCCGGGCCAGCCUGGGAAGACAGGACGCUGGGCUUUGGCGGCCAGGCGCCCCCCCGCCUCGAGCAUCGCGUCGGAGCGGCGCGAGGCGCUGGACAGGGCCACGACGGACCUGGAGGGCAUCGCGGCGGCAGAGCAGCAGCGGCGGGGACGAGCCCGCCCCCCUCUGCGCGCAUGCCUUCUGGAGAGGGCUUCGGGACUGUUCGACGGCGGCAUCUUCCCAGCGGUGGUCGUGGCGAAGCUGAAGGCACUGUGGCACGUGAGGCUGCUGGAGGCGGUCGCCAAGGCCUUCGGGGACCCGGACCACCAGGUGGCAGGCUGGGCGGCGGCGGGCGUUCCACUGGGGGUUGACGCCCCUCUCCCGCGGACGCCAGCGGUGUGCGAGCGCAAGGCGAAGUGGGCGCUGCCCGACGUGAAGGAGGAGGUGUUUGUAUCGGGCUAUCGGUGGGCCGACAACUACGCUUCGGUCAAGGAACGCCCCGAGGUGAUCAUCAAGUACCUGGAGGAGGAGGUCGCUGCGGGCAGGAUUAUAAGGAUCACGAUGAGGGAGGCGAAGAGGCGCUGGCCAGAGCGCCUGCGAGUAGCAGCCUUUGGAGCGGUCCAGAAGGCGGCGGGCCUCGGCGAGUGGCGGGUGGUCUUCGAUGCCACGCACCACGUGCUGGUCAAUCACCAGAUCAAGAUCAGGGACCAGGUCAGGUUGCCAGUCUGGCAGGACAUCGCCGCUCUACUGGAGGCCAUCCACGCCCUCGGGGAGCCGGUGCGGUUCGCUCUCCUGUACGACAUCGCCAAGGCCCACAGGCAGAUACCAGUCCGCGAGGAGGACUGGGGCUGGCAGGCAUGCUGUUCGCCCGCAGCCAGCGCCCCAGGGCUCAGCGACGACGACAAGGAGAUCCACGUGAACAUGGUUAGCACCUUCGGGGUCACGAGCGCCGGGGACUGGGCCAGCGUCUUCGGUCUGAUCACCAGGGCGGACGACGGGCUCUUGAUGGCCGUCGGCGCGGGCUUCGAGAGGAAGCUCCUGGCGGCGCUUCCGAUCCUGGUCACCCUGGGGGCCCCCUUGGCGCCGAAGAAGCUCCGGGGCGGCAUCGAGAUCGACUGGGUAGGCUGCCGCGUGCACAUCAGGGAGUACCUGCUGGGCGUCUCCGAGCUCUCACUGAAGUGGGCCGUCGAGCUGAUCGAGAGGCGCGGCAUGCGCUCGUUCGUGCCGACGCUGCGCGACAGGAGCGAGAUCUCCAGGAUCGACGCGACGGCCGAUGGCGACUUCAUCGUGCUGGGCGGCUGGGCGACGGGCCCGUCGCCCGAUCCUGGCAAGGCGAGGUGGUUCUCACAUGUCCUGGGGAAAGAGGACAUCCCCUGGGCCCACGAGAGAGGCGACCCGUUCAGGGUCGUCGCGAGCCUUGAGCUGAUGGCGGCGGUGUACGGCGUUGUCUUCCUGCUCGACCCCGCGCAGGCGAUGGCAGGCGGGCGCGGGAGGAUCUCAUUCUCGGCCGGGACGGAUAGCCAGGGGAAUUCGGGCCUUGUCAGGAAGUGGCUGACGACCAUGUGGCCGCUGUGCGCGGUGGCCAUGGAGCUGGGCUCCCGCCUCGCGGAGGCGGACUUGGACCUCGACCUGGCGUGGCGCCGCCGGGACAUCAACGUCGAGGCCGACGCGCUGACGAACGAGAAGUUCGAGGGCUUCGACAUGGGCCGCCGCGUAGACAGCACCGGGGUUCUGGCGGAGCUUAACGGUCACGCAGAG